AUGUCUCAUAAUAUUUCACAAUCAGAAUUAAAUGUCGAAUGUUCAACGAUGAAAUCCGAUAAACAAACUGUUCGUAAACGGUUUUCAAAAUUUUUUCUUAAAAUACUUUCGAAUUUCAAUCAACCAACACAAACUUAUUCAUCUAACAAUCGACGCUGUAAAACAUCAGUUAGCAAACAUGAAUUAAAUUCUCUUGGCCAUCUACAAUCAAUAAUUGAUACAAGAAAUAAUCGAACUCUAUAUGGAACACAGUAUCGAAGGCGUUCAAUCAUUAAACGAAGUGCAACAUUAACAUCAAUUCAAGAAGAAAAUGAAAUCGAACUUAUGAAUUAUAUAUAA